CACAGUUUCACUGACAGUUCCGACAUUACCUGACAUUCAGCGUCGUCCUCCGUACGGCGGCUUAUCGCGUUCGUAAUACGUGCCGCCACAUUUCGUUAGAAAUAACUAUUUAUAAAUGCACGAUACUAAAAGUGCUUUCAGUGGAUGAAAGUCUCGCAUCCCGCUGGCGGUCCGAAACUUCACGUGGGAAACAUGUAACUCGACUGUGCCAAAAACAAUAAUAUAAUGAACUCUCUGUAAAAUAUGACCAUCUUACGACAUGUGCGUGUUUCUUGUGAUGUAAUAGUGAAAUGUUUCUAUUGAGAUAUGUGCCGAGUUAGCGCCAUGUGAUUCUAUGGAAACCAAUGUUUACCUCUUCUGUGUUGUGAAUAACGGUUAGUUUAAAAUGUUGUAGCUCAAAGUGACAGAACGAUGUAGGACAAGACGUUGAUAUUUAAAAUGAUUGACUAUCGUGGACUGUGAAGCUUGUGGUUGUGAUAUAUUAAAAGUGGUGUGUAUUCGAUUCUGUCCCUUCUGAUUUAGGACAUAAAUAGUCGGUUGUAAUUUUUCGUAAGUUGUGAGCUAAUUCUAGUAAAUCAUGAUAUAUUUAUACACAGUAAUAAUUAAGUAUUAAUGUCCAUAGAGGGAAACUGUUCUAGUGUUCACUUUCUUAACGAAAAAAAAAAGAUAAAAAAGGUUGUGUGUGUUAUGCUAAGAACUUUCCAUUUGCAAUUUCCCCUGGGUUGUGAAUACAAUAAGAGACUGAAUGUAAAAACCCCUUGUUACCUUUCCGAGGCUGAAUUGUCCUUUGUAACUGCUUGUCGUUAGUGAUGUGGUGUUUUUGAGACGUUAGUGGUACGUUGGGUGCGAAGAUAUUUGGGAACGAGGUCAAGAAUGAGCUAGUACGCGGAGCUACGUCCAUGUUGUAAUGACUGCUGUUAACCCGCUGACGGCAACGCGGCUGCCGAUGCCAGCGUUCUCAUCGCGCGCCGUGCUGAUGUACAGUGCGGCGGUGGGAGGCGAGGGCGUUGCGCUACAGCUGCGGGAAGCCACGCCAGCAGAGAUUGACGAGCGGCUCGCCCUUGCCUGUCACGAGCCCGAGCUGCUGGCAGACUUGCUGCACGCCGCUGCUGAUAUAGACGAUUGCACAACGUCAUCAUCGUCGAGUCUGAGCGGCAUCACAAGAGUAUCUGUGGCAGUGACGGGUAUUGAACGCCAAGUGGCAAAGAAGGUCCGUCCAAAGCCAGCUUCGCCUAACCGUCAGGGACCUCAGCAGUGCCAAGUAUGCAACAAGGUGUUCGGGAACGCGUCCGCACUUGCGAAACACAAACUGACGCACAGCGACGAGCGGAAAUACGUGUGCAUCACGUGCGCUAAGGCGUUUAAGAGACAGGACCAUCUGAAUGGGCACAUGCUUACACACCGCAACAAGAAACCGUAUGAGUGCAAAGCGGAUGGAUGCGGCAAAUCGUACUGCGAUGCAAGAUCUUUGCGACGGCAUACUGAAAAUCAUCAUCAACCCCCGGCGGAAACAAAAGCUGCAAGUUCAACGGACAUCUCUGACCGAGACACUAAUGCCUCGCGUCUCUCUUCACCCACGUCACCGUCUCGUGCUAGUUCUACGAAUUCUGAUUCAAGCAAUGGUUCAGACAAGAGCGGUUUACACUCGGGGGACAACAGCCCGCCUCGCACGCCGCCCGCGCCCCUCACCCCGCCCGUCAGGCCUAAGAUCAGCAAAGCCAGCAGCAGCAAACCCAAGGCCAACACUAAUACGCAGCAGGGCAUUCCAAAAUGUGGAAGCGGCGUCAGUGCGAAUGGAUCGAGCCACACUGCUGGCGGGACUGGACCGGCUCGCGGAAAUGAUGUUAAGCAAGUUGAGUGUAACUUGUGUCAUCGCAAGUUCAAAAACAUUCCGGCACUCAACGGUCACAUGCGAUUGCACGGUGGAUACUUCAAGAAGGACUCAGACAGCAAAAAGUUGGAUAAAAAAGAGUCAACCGGACCACCGUUACAAACAGCUUCAGUAUCCGUAAGAGCAUUGAUUGAAGAAAAAAUUAUAAGUCGUCGAGGUGCUACCGUGACGUCAUUACAGUCCAUAGCUGCAAAUACAGAUGUUAUCGUCACAUCUCGUCCUGGGUUUGUGGCCCCACCACCACCACCUUUGUCAACAAUAAGAAGCUCUGCAACACCGGCCUUAACAAUAUCUCCAUCUACCCAAUUUGUUUCACCACGACCACCACCAGUGGUUACAGUUACUCCAAAUGUCACCAUAACUACUUCUGGAGGUAUCGGUGGAGCCAGAGAAUCCACGCUAAUAGAAUUGUUAAAAAAAGGUAGUUCAAAGGUAAAACGGUCAGCCUCAGACCCAGGUCAAGCUUCACCCCAACAAGAAUUUACAUUUAGACCGGAAUUAUUUGGAGUAUCGUUUAAUUCAGACGACGGAUAUUUCUCUCCUGCUUUGAAUGAAGACACGUUUCAAUUUACUACCACAUCAGACCAUUUAGAUGAACUAGCGUCAUUAGAAGAUUAUGCAACUGUAGCCGCAUCAAUACGAGAACGGUCACCUGUUACAUACCCGUCGAGUAGAAGGCUUGCUGCUGUAUUGAAUUCACCUCUCCCGGAAUCAUUGGCCGAUUUUGGAGCUUGUCAUGGUGGCUCCCCCGUACCAUCACCAGGUAUGGGAUAUACAGAAAGCUCACCAGGUCUGUCUUAUACAACUGGGGAUUCGCCUGGUUUAACAUAUGCGGCAUCAUCCCCAAGUGGAAGUUAUUCAACACAACCGGAACCAUCACCAGGCCUGGCUUAUCCAACACCACCAGCGUCCCACGAUGCCCACUCACCAGCACAUACGUUACCUCGUGCUUCAUCACCGUUAUCAGCUGCCUUUUUUACAGCUACUAUGUCCAGUCAAGAGGAGGUUGAAGAAGCACUAGAAGAGGUUCUGCCAGAAGAAUGUAGAUCACUUGAUGCAUAUAUAUUAGAGCCACCGACGACGUCACGAAGAAUAAUGCUUAAUUCUGAAGAUCCUUUAUUGUCCAGCAGUCCUAGGGACUUCCCUCAUCAACGGUCUGUCCGUCGACAACAGCGAUUAUUAGCUCCAACGACAACAUCUUUACAACAGUGGACACAUGAUAACUCACUUCAGGUUUGUGUCGAAGGCCGUGACCCAUUGCCAGCGGUAUUUCUAAGUCCAAGUAGUGUGCCAGCAUCACCACAAAGACGUAAACGACGGGCUUCUCCAGCCGGUCCAUAUCGUUCACGUAUGCGUCGCAUGGUUAACCAUUACACACCGCAGCCAAUUCUUCCUCCUUACAGAGAAGGUCCCGGUUUACUUAUGGAACUGUUGAACGAUCUUCAAACAGAUGCAGAUGUGCUAUCACAAUUGGAAGAGCCUCGUUUACCCCGAAUUAACAUUGGGUCAGAUCAUCAAGCAGAUUUACCAGAAUUAUGUAAUGAUCGCAUCGAUCUUCAUUGUGCGCCCGAACAGCUUCUUUGGGACCCUGGUAUUAACGAUGCACUCGACGAUAACGAAGUUCGCAUGUUUAUGGAGUUAGCCAUGUGUGCCGCUAUGCCUGUUGGUGGGCACACAAGAGAGUUCGCCUUACAGACUCUAGGCGAAUGUGGGGGCGAUAUUCGUGCUGCUACCUUACGCCUUAUGUCUCGUCCUGCUGCUCCAUCUCAACACGAAUCUCGGUGGGCACCAGACGAAGUAGAAUCCUUCUUAGCAGGACUUAGUCAAUACGAUAAGGACUUCUAUAGAAUUUCGCAACUGGUAAGAACAAAGGACUCCAAACAAUGUGUGCAGUUCUAUUACUUCUGGAAGAAGGUAACUAGAGACUACAAAACGCUGUAUUUGCGAAGUUGGAACGACGCACAAGCACCACAAGGUUCAGUAGGGCAGAAUUCAUCAGCCGUAUCAACUACGUGCACGUCACCACCGACCUCGUACGAAGCAGAAGAGUUUCCGUGCAAGAUCUGCGGAAAAGUAUUUAACAAAGUAAAAAGUCGUAGCGCGCACAUGAAGUCGCACCGGCCACUCGACGCCGAGCCAAAAAGGCCUAAACUCGAAAAGCCUUAUGAAAAGGUCGAGAGAUCUGAAGACAGAUCGCAAGCGACUGCUGAAUUCCAAUACAAACCACCCCCCCAGUAACUACUUCUAGCUCACUCAUUCCGCUCGCGCGUCGUGCUGUGUUUUUGCGAGCUUGAGACUAAUCAUAUGUUGAAUGUUAAAACACACUGACGUAACAAUGUAAAAGUCAAACGUCCGUUUCAUCGCAAUCGCUUAUGGUGUGAGCCAAAAACGCCCGCCUUCACUCGCACCACGCCCGACAUUUUGUUACUGAUACGAGUAGAUAGUUACUGAUUCAAAGAAAUGCUGAACGUAUGAGCAUUUAUUGUGAUUACAAAAUAGUUUUAUAGAUUAAAAUGACUUAGAAAAAGCAGAUUAGUGAAUAGCUAGAAAGAUUAGAUCUUUGGAGAAUGAACGAAAUUAUACCAAAUAAAUAUUUCGGAAAUGAGAUCACAUAAAAAAAAAAUAUUUUGUAUAACGAUUAAUAAAUAAUUGUAUGUAGAUAGGGCCUUCGUAAAGUUUUUAUAUGACAGACUUCUCAAUGUGACUUUGCAAGUGUGAUGUUGUAAAUAAAUCAAUAAUUCUUUGAUGCUACAGUUCGGAUCGGCGGGCAGCUUUAUCGAGAUAAUAUUAAUCUAUAUUUCUAUUACAACUACGUGUGAUACAUUAAACGUAACUCGUGUAGUAACUACACUACCUCUAUUGAAUUGUUUGUUUUUAUUGCGAGCCCAGCUCACUAUUUAUUAAAUUAGCUUGUUUGCUCACU